CAGCCCACAAUAUUCAUUCUCUCUCUCUCUCUUUAAAAGAGAAAAUUUUCAUUUUUGAGAGAAAUAUGCAAAUGCUCUCUAAAGCUUCAUCUUCCAUGGCCUCCGUUACUUGUUCCAAGGUAAGGAGUGGACUUUGUGUGUGGCCAGGGUUGAGGCAGCUUUGCAUAAGAAAAGGUCUCGAGUAUGGUUUGUGGUUAUUAUCAACCCCCUUCAAAACCUUGCGCGGAGCAAGUCGCUCUCUUAGGGUUGCUGAGUUUUGCAGUGUUUCCAACAUGUCUUCGUCAUUACAAGUUGAAUUGGUGCCAUGUCUUCAAGACAAUUAUGCUUAUCUUUUACAUGAUGUUGACACUGGCACUGUUGGUGUCGUUGAUCCAUCAGAAGCUGUGCCAAUUAUUGAUGCUUUAAGUCGGAAAAACUGGGAUUUGACUUAUAUAUUGAACACCCAUCAUCAUCAAGAUCACACUGGUGGGAAUGCAGAGCUGAAAGCAAGAUAUGGAGCAAAGGUUAUUGGUUCGGCAAUAGACAAGGACAGAAUUCCUGGAAUUGAUAUUGUUCUAAAUGAUGGGGACAAAUGGAUGUUUGCAGGUCAUGAGGUGCAGGUCAUCGAAACUCCUGGUCAUACCCGAGGCCAUAUCAGCUUCUAUUUUCCGAGUUCUGCAGCAAUAUUUACUGGAGAUACUUUGUUCAGCUUAUCAUGUGGCAAGCUUUUCGAAGGAAAUCCGGAGCAGAUGCUUUCUUCCCUUCAGAGGAUCACGUCUCUGCCUGAUGAUACAAAUAUAUAUUGCGGUCACGAAUAUACUUUGAGUAGUUCAAAAUUUGCAUUAUCCAUUGAGCCCAAGAACAAUGCGCUUAAGUCGUAUGCAGCACAUGUAGCUCACCUUCGCAACAAGGGGUUGCCUACGAUUCCAACUACAUUAAAAACAGAGAAGGCGUGUAAUCCGUUCCUUCGGACAUCGAGUGUGGAAAUCAGGCAGGCACUAAAUAUUCCGGAGGACACAAAUGAGGCUGAAGCCUUGGGCGUCAUCCGCCGAGCAAAGGAUAAUUUCUAGGGUUUGUUGAGACUCCAUUGCUGUAUGUGUAUAGAUGUUAGCUCUUCCAAAUGUGAAAUAAUAAAAAAAAACCACAAUAUUUACCAAUGCCAA